GCCGCAGGCGCCGCUACUGCUGCCAUCCCCGGGGCGUGAGUCCGCCGCCCGCUGCCCGGGGACCCGGCGAGGGGCGGAGGCAGCCCCGAACCGACCUCGGAUCUCCCCGUCUCCCGCCUCACGCUUCCCGGAAAGUUUGUCCCUUUGCAGUCAGCCGAGCUGCUCCGGGAGCCCCGCCGCGAAGAGGGUUUCCCCUACAGCCCCUGCUGGCGUGGUCCCAAGUGUAGGAUGGGGCUUCCCAUACAAGGGCCGGUGGCAGCCAGAACUGAUACAGCCCCCCUAAUCUGGGGCCAGGACGCCAGCUGAGGAGGGUGGGAGUUUCUGAAGCUAUGGCUGGUGCCUCCGUGAAAGUGGCAGUGAGGGUUCGGCCCUUCAAUGCCCGUGAAACCAGCCAGGAUGCCAAGUGUGUGGUCAGCAUGCAGGGCAGCACCACCUCCAUCAUCAAUCCAAAACAGAGCAAGGAUGCCCCCAAAAGCUUCACCUUUGACUAUUCCUAUUGGUCACAUACUUCGGUGGAGGAUCCGCAGUUUGCAUCUCAACAGCAGGUGUAUCAAGACAUCGGAGAAGAAAUGUUGCUCCAUGCUUUUGAAGGCUACAAUGUGUGCAUCUUCGCCUAUGGGCAGACAGGGGCUGGAAAGUCCUAUACCAUGAUGGGACGGCAAGAGCCAGGGCAGCAGGGCAUUGUGCCUCAGCUCUGUGAGGACCUCUUCUCUCGUGUUAAUGAGAACCAGAGCACUCAGCUUUCCUAUUCUGUGGAGGUGAGCUAUAUGGAGAUCUAUUGUGAGCGAGUACGAGACCUCUUGAACCCUAAGAGUCGAGGCUCUCUGCGGGUUCGGGAGCACCCCAUCCUGGGCCCCUACGUGCAAGAUCUGUCUAAAUUGGCUGUGACCUCAUACGCAGACAUUGCCGACCUCAUGGACUGUGGAAAUAAGGCGCGGACUGUGGCUGCCACUAAUAUGAAUGAGACCAGCAGCCGUUCCCAUGCUGUCUUCACUAUUGUCUUCACGCAGCGCUCCCAUGACCAGCUUACUGGGCUAGAUUCAGAGAAGGUCAGUAAGAUCAGUUUGGUGGACCUUGCCGGGAGUGAGCGGGCUGACUCCUCAGGGGCCCGGGGCAUGCGUCUAAAGGAAGGUGCUAACAUCAAUAAGUCCCUGACUACUCUAGGGAAGGUGAUCUCAGCCCUGGCAGAUUUGCAAUCAAAGAAGCGGAAGUCGGAUUUUAUCCCUUACAGAGAUUCUGUGCUCACUUGGCUGCUCAAGGAGAAUUUGGGUGGGAACUCACGCACAGCAAUGAUAGCAGCCUUGAGUCCUGCUGACAUCAAUUAUGAGGAGACGCUCAGCACCCUCAGGUAUGCAGACCGCACCAAGCAGAUCCGUUGCAAUGCUGUUAUUAAUGAGGACCCCAAUGCCCGACUGAUCCGAGAACUGCAGGAGGAGGUGGCCCGGUUGCGGGAGCUGCUGUUGGCUCAGGGACUCUCAGCCUCUGCUCUGGGAGGCCUGAAGGUGGAAGAGGGGAGUCCUGGAGGUGCUCUGCCAGCUGUAUCAUCUCCCCCUGCUCCAGCUUCACCCUCGUCUCCCCCUGCACACAAUGGGGAGCUGGAGCCCUCAUUCUCCCCCAGUGCUGAGCCCCAGAUUGGGCCUGAGGAGGCUAUGGAGAGACUACAGGAGACAGAGAAGAUCAUAGCUGAGCUAAAUGAGACUUGGGAGGAAAAGCUUCGAAAGACAGAAGCUCUGAGGAUGGAAAGAGAAGCAUUGUUGGCUGAGAUGGGGGUGGCCGUCCGGGAGGACGGGGGAACCGUGGGUGUCUUCUCGCCAAAGAAGACUCCCCACCUGGUAAACCUGAAUGAAGACCCCUUGAUGUCUGAAUGUCUGCUUUAUCACAUCAAAGAUGGUGUCACCAGGGUUGGCCAGGUAGAUGUGGACAUCAAACUGACUGGACAGUUCAUCCGGGAGCAACAUUGUCUCUUCCGCAGCAUUCCUCAGCCAGAUGGAGAAGUGGUGGUCACAUUGGAGCCCUGUGAAGGAGCUGAGACAUAUGUCAAUGGGAAGCUGGUGAUGGAGCCGCUGGUGCUGAAGUCAGGAAACAGGAUUGUAAUGGGCAAGAACCACGUUUUUCGCUUCAACCACCCUGAGCAAGCACGACUGGAACGGGAAAGAGGGGUCCCACCGCCCCUAGGACCACCCUCUGAGCCUGUUGACUGGAACUUUGCUCAGAAGGAGCUGCUGGAGCAGCAAGGCAUAGACAUUAAGCUGGAGAUGGAGAAGAGGCUGCAAGAUCUGGAGAAUCAGUACCGAAAAGAGAAGGAAGAGGCUGAUCUUCUACUGGAACAGCAGCGACUGUAUGCCGACUCUGAUAGUGGGGAAGACUCUGACAAGCGCUCCUGUGAAGAGAGCUGGCGACUGAUUUCCUCCUUGCGGGAGCAGCUGCCCCCCACCACAGUCCAGACCAUUGUCAAGCGCUGUGGCCUACCCAGCAGUGGCAAGCGAAGGGCCCCUCGCAGAGUCUAUCAGAUCCCUCAGCGGCGGCGGCUGCAGGGCAAAGACCCUCGCUGGGCCACGAUGGCUGACCUGAAGAUGCAAGCAGUCAAGGAGAUAUGCUAUGAGGUGGCCUUGGCCGACUUCCGCCAUGGGCGGGCUGAAAUUGAGGCCCUGGCUGCCCUCAAGAUGAGAGAGCUGUGUCGCACCUAUGGCAAGCCUGAGGGUCCUGGAGAUGCCUGGAGGGCUGUAGCCAGGGACGUCUGGGAUACUGUGGGUGAAGAGGAAGGAAGUGGUGGCGGAGGUGGUAGUGAGGAAGGAGCCCGUGGGGCAGAGGUGGAGGACCUCCGAGCUCACAUCGACAAGCUGACAGGGAUUCUACAGGAGGUGAAGCUGCAGAACAGCAGCAAGGACCGGGAGCUUCAGGCCCUGCGGGACCGUAUGCUCCGCAUGGAGAGGGUCAUUCCCCUGACUCAGGAUCUUGAGGAUGAGAAUGAAGAAGCUGGUAUGGUCACCUGGGUGCCAUCUGAAGGGUCGGAGGCAAUAGAGGAGGCAGUGCCCAAUGACCGUUCACCCUCUGCUCGGCCCCCCUCACCACCCCUGUCCAGCUGGGAGCGGGUGUCCAGACUAAUGGAGGAGGACCCUGCCUUUCGUCGUGGCCGCCUUCGCUGGCUUAAGCAGGAGCAGCUGCGGCUACAGGGACUGCAGGGCUCUGGGGGCCGGGGUGGGGGACUGCGCAGGCCCCCAGCCCGCUUUGUGCCCCCCCACGACUGUAAGCUGCGCUUCCCCUUCAAAAGCAACCCCCAGCACCGGGAGUCCUGGCCAGGGAUGGGGAGUGGGGAGACCCCAGCUCCACCCCAACCUCCUGAGGAGGUCACUGCCCCCACAACUGCCCCUGCCCGCAGGCCUCCAAGUCCCCGAAGGUCUCACCGUCCUCGCAGGAAUUCCCUGGAUGGAGGGGGCCGAUCCCGGGGAGGGGGUUCAACACAGCCAGAACCCCAGCAUUUCCAGCCCAAAAAGCACAAUUACUAUCCCCAGCAGCCCCAACCUUACCCAGCCCAGCGGCCCCCAGGGCCCCGCUACCCGCCAUACACUACUCCCCCACGAAUGAGACGGCAGCGCUCAGCCCCUGACCUCAAGGAGAGUGGGGCAGCAGUGUGAGCCACACGCUAGGCAGACAGGGCCUGGUGGGGCCCUUGUUGGGAAGAUGUCAGAGAUGCUGCUUCCCUAGAAGCCCUGGGGCAGGGAGGCCAGAGGAGAGAAGGUCCGAGUAGGUGAUAGAAGGUGCUGAGUGAGCUGGAGGCUGAGGGAAGGAAGAGGGCACGGAGUUGCCAGGAGCAAACCAAAGUGAAGGAAGAGUGAGAGGAAGCUGCCUCGGGGCCACCCGUCGCAGGGGGUUCCUAUAAACGCUGCUAUGGGUGGGGUGGGGGGCUGGGGUCUGCAUAGCCAGUGUUUGACUUUCUUUUUGAGUGGGUGCAAAGGGAAAAGAACCAAGAGUGAGGUGGGUUCUCUUCCCCCAGCCCUUGUCUGUCUAUUUGUGAUGGGUUUUCUGUUUCCAAGGAGGUGUGGUGGGAUCAUGUCAUUCCCCUCCCCUUCCAGGCCUCCUGCUAUAUUUGGGGGACCUGUCUUGGUUUGGCUGGGGUCCCAUGAAAAUGUGGGACCUCUUAAUAAAGGAUAGCAAACAGGGA